AGUGAGUGAGUGAGGACCGUAAGUGAGCGACAUCUAUCGCAAGGCUUUGUUUUUUCGCUCGUGUUCAAACAAGGACGUCCAGAAGCCAUCUCUGAUAUUAGUAGAUGAGAGAGAGAUUACGCAGGUAGCUAGCUGCCUGGGAUCGUCAAGAAGACAAACCGUCUCUGUUUCUCUUUCUUGCAUUCUCUCUCCCAGAUCGUCCGUCGAUCUGUGAUUAGGGCAGGGGCUAACAAUGGCGACUACACCAUUCUCUGCAACUUCAGCCCGAUCGGAUGUCUUCAUACCUUGCAGUUCCAUCUCGAGAUUUAUCGAUUUCCGCUCCAAGCACAUUGCUUCUAGGUUGUUCUUCACCAGAACCUCCAAUUCCCGUCGUUUCAGAAGAUCUCUCUCCGUGAAGAACGUCGCCAGCGAUCACAAACAACAAUUGCAGGAGACGGUUCCCGAUGAAGGUUCUCUGGCUCCCUUCACGCCUGACUCUGCGUCCAUUGCAUCGAGUAUUAAGUAUCAUGCUGAGUUUACGCCCGCCUUCUCUCCCGAACGGUUUGAGCUCCAUAAGGCUUACUUUGCCACUGCUGAAAGUGUCCGUGACUCUCUCAUCAUAAAUUGGAACGCAACGUAUGACUACUAUGAUAAGAUGAAUGUGAAGCAAGCCUACUAUUUGUCUAUGGAAUUUCUACAGGGUAGAGCACUGCUAAAUGCAAUUGGAAAUUUAGAGCUAACGGGGGCUUAUGCAGAGGCUCUGAAGAAGCUCGGGCAUGAUCUAGAGAAUGUGGCUAGGCAGGAACCCGAUGCUGCACUUGGAAAUGGUGGCCUAGGGCGGCUUGCAUCCUGUUUUUUGGACUCUCUGGCAACAUUGGAUUACCCAGCCUGGGGUUAUGGACUCAGAUACAAGUAUGGUUUGUUCAAACAGACCAUUACAAAAGAUGGUCAGGAGGAAGUUGCAGAAAAUUGGCUUGAGAUGGGCAACCCCUGGGAAAUUGUAAGAAAUGAUGUUUCCUAUCCCAUCAAAUUCUAUGGCAAGGUUGUUCAAGGAUCAGAUGGAAAGAACCACUGGAUUGGAGGUGAAGAUGUAAUUGCUGUGGCCCAUGAUGUCCCUAUUCCAGGAUAUAAAACUAAAACCACAAUCAACCUUCGGCUAUGGUCCACAAAAGUUCCAUCACAAGAUUUUGAUUUGCGUGCCUUUAAUGCUGGAGAGCAUUCCAAAGCGUAUGAGGCCCAAACAAAUGCUGAAAAGAUUUGCUAUAUACUAUACCCUGGGGAUGAGUCAAAGGAGGGAAAAAUUCUCCGUCUAAAACAACAAUAUACCCUGUGCUCAGCAUCUCUUCAGGACAUCAUCACACGCUUUGAGAAAAGAUCUGGAGAGACCGUUAAUUGGGAUCAAUUCCCUGAGAAGGUUGCAGUGCAGAUGAAUGAUACUCACCCAACACUCUGUAUUCCGGAAUUGAUGAGAAUAUUGAUAGAUGUGAAGGGUUUGGCCUGGAAUCAAGCUUGGGAUAUUACUAAAAGAACUGUUGCAUACACAAACCACACAGUUCUGCCUGAAGCAUUAGAAAAGUGGAGUUUGGAGCUUAUGGAAAGUUUGCUUCCUCGACAUGUAGAGAUUAUAAAAAAGAUUGAAGAGGAGCUGAUUGAUACCAUAGUUGCAGAGUAUGGUACAGAUGAUCUUGAGUUACUAUACAACAAACUGAAAAAUAUGAGAAUCUUGGACAAUUUUGAAUUUCCUGCCUCAGUUGUUGAAUUAUUUGUUAAAUCACAAGAAAGUUCUGCUGCUGCAUCUGUCGAAAAAGAUGCUGAUGCUGAUUCUGUAAAAGAAGUUUCUGAUUCUAUUGAAGAAGUUGAAAAAUCUGAUGAAGAAGCUGAGACUACUGGUAGUGAUGAUGAAUCUGAAGAAGAGGAUACCAAGAAGAAACCAAAGCUAUCAUUAAAACCAGAUCCGAAACAGCCAAAGGUGGUCAGAAUGGCUAACCUUUGUGUUGUUGGUGGCCAUGCAGUAAAUGGAGUUGCUGAGAUACAUAGUGAAAUUGUAAAGGAGGAAGUCUUCAAUGAUUUUUAUAAGUUGUGGCCUGAAAAAUUCCAAAAUAAAACAAAUGGGGUGACACCGAGGAGAUGGAUCCGCUUUUGCAACCCAGAUCUAAGUAAAAUCAUAACCAAAUGGACUGGUAAUGAGGAUUGGGUUCUCAAUACUGAAAAGUUGGCAGAACUUAGAAAGUUUGCUGAUAAUGAAGAUCUACAAACAGAGUGGAGAGCAGCAAAAAGGAGCAACAAGUUGAAGGUUGUGUCACUUAUCAAAGAAAAAACAGGGUAUAUUGUUAGCCCUGAUGCAAUGUUUGAUAUACAGGUGAAGCGCAUCCAUGAAUACAAGCGUCAACUAUUGAAUAUUUUGGGAAUUGUCUACCGCUACAAAAAGAUGAAAGAAAUGAGUGCUGAAGAAAGGAAGGAAAAAUUUGUUCCUCGAGUAUGUAUAUUUGGGGGGAAAGCAUUUGCAACAUAUGUGCAAGCAAAGAGGAUAGUGAAAUUCAUCACAGAUGUUGGAGCAACAGUAAAUCAUGACCCUGAAAUAGGAGAUCUAUUGAAGGUGGUCUUUGUGCCUGACUACAAUGUUAGUGCUGCAGAGUUGCUUAUUCCUGCCAGUGAACUUUCACAGCAUAUCAGUACUGCUGGUAUGGAGGCCAGUGGAACCAGUAAUAUGAAAUUUGCAAUGAAUGGUUGUGUCCUAAUUGGAACCUUGGAUGGGGCCAAUGUUGAAAUAAGGGAAGAGGUUGGAGAAGACAACUUUUUCCUAUUUGGAGCUCGAGCUCAUGAGAUUGCUGGGCUAAGAAAAGAAAGGGCUGAGGGCAAGUUUGUGCCUGACCCUCGGUUUGAAGAAGUCAAGGAAUAUGUCAGAAGUGGGGUUUUUGGGUCCUAUAACUAUGAUGAAAUGAUUGGAUCUUUGGAAGGAAAUGAAGGUUUUGGCCGUGCAGAUUAUUUCCUUGUUGGCAAGGACUUCCCCAGUUAUCUGGAAUGCCAAGAGAAGGUAGAUGAGGCAUAUAAAGACCAGAAGAGAUGGACGAAGAUGGCAAUUUUGAAUACAGCCGGCUCAUACAAGUUCAGCAGCGAUCGAACUAUUCAUGAAUAUGCGAAAGAUAUAUGGAACAUUGCACCUGUUGAAUUACCCUAGAUCUGAACCCUCAGAUAAAUCAUAAGUAGAGCGACGAGAAAAAAAAAUGCUAAAUGGUAGUUGUGUCAGGGCUCCUUGGUCCCAUUUAUAUGAGACAAUUAGAGCAUUGCAUUUUAGGUUCUUGUUCUUUGAUGCCAAUGUUAGUGGGUGUAAAGAUAUCAAAGAAGUGUACGGUGAAUGUAGGUCAAUAAAAGUAGUUGGGCUAAUCGGUUUCAUCCUUUUUGGGGAAUUAAUAAGAAAGAGCACCAGCAUCAUUUCUUUUGAUAAAA